AUGGAAGGAAUAAAAUUAAAAUUCAUUGCGCCUAUGCAAGAAAAAGCAAAGCAGCUUUCAGACUUAAUAAAGGAAACCAAUGGUUUGUGGGACGAAGUGUAUGAAGAGUACAAUAAAAACGCAGUAGAAUUAGUGAAGGAAGGAUAUGCAGCCAGGAUAAGUUUUUACCAUUUCAUGAGGGAGAUAUCUCAUGAUUGUGAAGAACACGUCAAUUUUUUUGAUGGUGUUAUUGAAUAUUUUAAUGUAGCAAAGGCCAACAAGAAGUUUGAUAUCGUUCAUACGACAGAGUUGAAAAGGCGUAUUACCAAAGUGUCAGAAACACAAAAAAAAAUUCAACUUUCCGGUGAGGAAACUGCUGGUAAAAUUCGUGAAUCCAAGAGGAACAUUGAUGAUGAAAAAUUCAAAAUGCAAUUCGAUCUUCAUAACAGAACUAGUAGGUAUCCACAAAUCGGUUAUGCUCUUGGUGUAGGGGCAAAUACAGGAGGUACUUUUGCUACUAUGUUAGCAACCGGAGCAACGAUGACUUUAGCAGGUUCUAUUGCAGUCGCUGCUGUAUGCGGUGCUGUUGGUUUUGGUAUCAUAUACGUGGGUGUUACGGAAUUUCUCGAUUACUGUAAGAAAAAAAAAUUGAAAAAGCUCGCUAGAUUAAGCCAACUUUUAGAAAAAUUGUUGGACAAGAUGCGUGAACUGGAAAGAGAGACAGUAGAAUUCCAAAAUACGAACAAUGCGAUGGCUCUGGAAAUCAACAAGUACAUGAUAGCAAUUGAAAAGUGUAUAAAGUACUCUUCCGGGAAUACAAACUUGAACGCCGAAAGAGUCGUUGUUAUGGCUGAUGAUAUGCUUGCAGCUACCGAUGAAUUGAAAAAACGUUUUAAAGACUUUGGAGAUGAAGCUAAAAGUAAAGAAAUUAGCUUACAAAAGCUUAUUCAAAAUGACAUGGACGAAACGCUUCAUAAUACACCAAAGUAAUAAAAUUUUGCCUACAGAAUAAAAAAAAGUCGACAUCUGUAAACUGAAAUCACUACUCAGGAA